GGUCUGAUUGAAGGGCUGCGCACUGCUUAAAAAAAUACAGUAACUGAAGGAAUUUCCUGGUGUUUUAUCAGUGUUUCUGUUUGUCUCUCAUCUCAAGGGCCAGUCUGAGAAUGUGAGGUAAACCACUGCACCUUUACAUGAAACUCCAGCUCCAGCUGCUGUACAGCUCUGCUCACGCCUCCCUGUCUCACUACAAUCUGUGUGAUCUCUCUCGCAGUCCUAAGAAGCCGGAUGCCUGUGAGCAGGAAAUCCGACUGAAUGAAGAGAGAUUUGAAGGGCUGCUAAAAACGUUAUCCUCCAUCUCCAAAGACCUGAGAGCUCAGCUGCAGAGGAAGACUCUGCUGUUAGAUUCGUCCCCCAUGGUGAUUGACAGGGAGACCUGCCACAGCCAGAUCGCAGUGACCUCAGAGGGGCGGGGCAUGUCCUUCUCAGGCUCUGCCCGCUCAGCUCCGGAGCGUCCUCUUCAGUUUGACAGGGUGUGCUGCGCUCUGGGCUGCUCUCCCCUCACAGCCGCUCAGAGCUACUGGGAAGUCGACGUCCGCUGCUGCUCCGCCUGGGCUGUGGGCGUGGCGUACGCCAGCCUGGAGAGGAAGGGCCGGGAGAAGGGCGCCAAGCUGGGCCGAAACAGGAACUCGUGGUGCGUGGAGCUUCGUAACGGCCAUCUUUCUGCUUGGCACAAUGACCGGAACGUCGCGUGUCAGGGCGUCGGGCAAAUGCCGCUGGGGAAGGUCGGAGUGUGGGUGAAUUAUGAGAAGGGCCAGCUGGUGUUUUACGACGCAGACACCAUGGUUGUCCUGCAGAGGUUCUCCGCAGCAGUGACGCCGGUGUUUGACAGGGUUCAUCACCAGUUCACUGAGCCCCUGUACCCCGCCAUACGCUUCCUGAGACCACCAGAGAACCAGAUGUGGCCAAACCACCUGGAGCUCUGUCAUCUCAACACCGCAUGACCCUGCUGUCACAUUCCAGAGACAGCCUCUGAAUGUGUAACGAUGAUGUGUUUUCCACCCAUGUACAUACACCGUUAAAUCAGAGCAGCUGUACAGUGCAAUAUGUGUGUGACACAAACUAACCUGAAGUCAAUGUCCAGCAGCAGACUCUUCAUUGGCUCAUGUUUCUGCUCCAGGUUUCGCAACUUGAUCACCUCCUGGAGUCUAGAAGAGACAGCAACAAUCAUUACUGACUGCAUGUACUAAAAAAAAGGCUUAAAAUUUUCUGUCAUUUGACAAUUUUGUGACUAUUGGCUGUAGCUAACUUGACUAUUCUAUUAAAAUGUUAUUGUUGUCA